UAUACGAAAUUAAUGUUCUCCAUCAACGGGUACCAAAACCUUUAUUCUCAAACAACGAUUGUCCCCCAAAAAAAUGAAAUUGAAAAAUUUCCUCUCGAUUCCAAUUUUUUCAGUGUUUUUCGUGAUGGGUUUUGUUUAUUAUGUCACAGUUUUCAUUUUAAUUGAAGAUUGGGUUGGUUUGCAGACCUCAGCUGGGUCUUUAAAUUCCAUGAUCUUCACCACCUUGGCUUGUCUUUGUGUCUUGUCUUUCCUCGUUGGUGUCCUUACUGACCCAGGCCGUGUUCCUUCUUCUUAUAUCCCUGAUGUUGAAGAUACUUCUUUUGCCUCAGAUCAAGAACCAAAGAAGAAUGUUCUACAAUCAAAAUACUGCGACAAAUGUGCUGCAUAUAAACCCCCAAGGACACAUCACUGCCGGGUUUGCAAAAGAUGCAUACUAAGGAUGGAUCAUCAUUGCCUGUGGAUAAAUAAUUGUGUUGGUUAUUGGAACUAUAAAGCUUUCUUCAAUCUUAUACUUUAUGCAACCAUUGGUAGCAUCCACUCCUCAGUAAUUGUAAUAAGCUGUUUCCGUCAGAAGGACUGGAAUUACAGUGGGACAACUCCCCUCAAAAUUUUUUAUCUUGCGUGUGGAUUAAUGAUGCUUGCAUUAUCAGUAACACUUGGGACUCUCUUAGGUUGGCAUAUCUACCUUAUAACUCACAAUAUGACAACUAUAGAGUAUUAUGAGGGAAUACGAGCUGCAUGGUUGGCAAAGAAAUCCGGGCUGAGCUAUCGUCAUCCAUUCGAUAUCAGUGUUUACAAAAAUAUUACCUUGGUAUUGGGUCCCAACACACUGAGAUGGUUUUGUCCGACAUCAACGAGCCAUCUAAAAGACGGAGUUAGCUUCCCUACUUUACGUGAUAGUUCGUAGAUGUUUUGCACUUCAACCCGAGUUGUUACCGGAAUAGUCCUAUACUUGCAUAUAAUUACUUAAAUCAUAUUAUUUACAAAGGAGAAAGGAUAGCUUCAAUGAGUUGUUGGCCUCAGUGGGUGAAAAUGAAAUGGUCAACCAUAGAUGUAUGCUUUGCCUUUGUUGUUCUUUUACUUCUUUUAAGUGUGUGUGUUUUCAAUUCCAUUUUGUAGGAAUUUUAUACAUCAAGUUUUGUCA